GACACUCGAGGAGGCACACGAGGCGAAAAGUGGACGGGUGCCUCGCGCCACCGCCUCUCCCGAGGGCGCGUACUGACCAGAAUGUCAGGAAAGCUCAAGGAACGCAAAAGAACCCCCGUUUCCCACAAAGUGAUAGAAAAGCGGAGGAGAGACCGGAUUAACCGCUGUUUGAACGAGCUGGGCAAGACGGUGCCCAUGGCCCUGGCGAAGCAGAGUUCCGGGAAGCUGGAGAAGGCGGAGAUCCUCGAAAUGACCGUUCAGUACCUGAGAGCCCUGCACUCCGCUGAUUUUCCCCGGGGAAGGGAAAAAGCAGAACUGCUAGCGGAGUUUGCCAACUACUUCCACUACGGCUACCACGAGUGCAUGAAGAACCUGGUGCAUUACCUCACCACCGUCGAGAGGAUGGAGACCAAGGACACCAAGUACGCGCGCAUCCUCGCCUUCUUGCAGUCCAAGGCCCGCUUGGGCGCCGAGCCCGCCUUCCAGCCGCUGGGUUCGCUCCCGGAGCCGGAUUUCUCUUAUCAGCUGCACCCAGCGGGGCCCGAGUUCGCAGGCCAUAGCCCUGGUGAGGCGUCCGUGUUCCCGCAGGGCGCGGCCCCGGGGUCCUUCCCCUGGCCACACGGCGCGGCCCGCAGCCCGGCGCUGCCCUACCUGCCCAGCGCGCCCGUGCCUCUUCCGAGCCCUGCGCAGCAGCACAGCCCCUUCCUGACGCCCGUGCAGGGCCUGGACCGGCAUUACCUCAACCUGAUCGGCCACGCCCACCCCAACGCCCUUAACCUGCACACGCCCCAGCACCCCGCGGUGCUCUGACGCCGACUCGCCCGCAGAUUUCUUUCCGCUU